CUGCUAGCUGUCAGAAUGCCACGAAGCUAGCUGGAGGCUACGUCAGCACAGGGCCGGACCCCAUAUCUGCUUGGAGAUGACGAAACUCCAGUGUGAGACCACAGCUACGCCGAUCGGUGGCUUGCACGACGUCGCACCACGUGGUAGUCUUCUUGGCCUGUAUACAAAUUAAUAACAGGAUAAAAGACGUAAAUUUGAAGUAAGUGAAUACCGUAGGUACAGACUUAUUGCGUUAGCUGGUAAGUAAUCUUUGUGAAGGCGGAAUUCGCUGCCUUGCUGUGACUAAAACGCACAACGCCCCCCUCCCCCAUCACCGGUAUCCGGGAACAUGCUUUUCUAAUUUUGGACUUCGACCAAAGGAGCCUUGUGUAAGAUGGAGCCGGAGAGCGGAGCAGAACCUCCAAUGGUAGCUAAAGAAAUGCCACAAGACCCCAAGGAGUCGGCAGAGAGCAUCUUGAACGCACCAGGCGUCUUAAGGAUCAAGAAGGAGUUUCUUGACUGGAACAAACUUCUGAAGACACAUCACAGCCAGCCUUCCACAGAGGGAGUCAGUCAGGGGAGUACUGGCAGUGACGACACGUCUCCACAAGGUGAGACAGAGCCACCAAACAAGAAGGGCAAAUGGAAGAAAGCCAAAGGCCAGAACAAGCGCAGACCUCACCAGAAACCCUCGGAGCUGUGCGAUGUGGUGCGCUUGUGUCCGAGCUUCCUGAAAGAUCCAGACUCCUGUCAGUUUGGUGAAAAGUGUCGCUUCACCCACAGCGUUGAGGAAUACCUGGCCAACAAGCCUGCAGACUUGGGGGAUAAGUGUUACGUGUACGACACCCACGGCAGAUGUCCCUUUGGCAUCACCUGCCGUUUCGCCAAGUGCCACACAGACGACCAAAACCAGAAUGUUGUGAACCCCGACGUCUACUCUCCGGAAGCAAAGCCAACAACAAGUAAUCAGCUUCCCAAGGACACACAGACAAGCUUGAGGAAGAAACAGUACAAGUUUCCCAAAAGUAACGAGUAUCUCAGGGCUAUAGGCAAGCUUUCAACCGCACAAGGUAGUGGUGAUGACAACAGUUUCUUAGACAAGAAGAGUAGUGAAGCUGAAGAAGUCAAACCUGAAAUAACAAUUCAUAGCACAGCCAGUGAGGCAUCGGGUAAUGCACAAGAUAAAGUUAGUAACUGUAGAAAUGGAAAUGAUCUCUCAACACCAGAUAUACAAGGAUGCACAGAGGCUACAGUGGAAAAUCCUACACCGAUGGAGACCAACAAGCCCUCAGGGUCUGUCACGAAUGAAGAUUCUAUCAGGCUGAUUCCCAGAGAAAGGAAGAAGUUGGACUUCGCAGACAAAUUAUACCUCGCACCACUAACCACGGUCGGAAAUCUGCCCUUCCGCCGGAUCUGCAAGGGCCUGGGGGCAGACAUCACGUGUGGAGAGAUGGCCAUGGCUGCUAACCUGCUGCAGGGGCAGUCAUCCGAGUGGGCACUGCUCAAACGUCACCAGUCUGAGGACGUGUUCGGCGUCCAGAUCUGUGGCAGCCACCCUGAGGUCAUGUCCCACGCCGCUGAACUCUUGAAUGAGACCAUCAGCGUGGAUUUUGUAGACGUAAACGUUGGUUGUCCGAUUGAUCUUGUGUUCAAACGGGGCGGAGGAUGUGCCUUGAUGGGCAGAUUGACCAAGUUUGAGCAAGUCGUGAAGGGGAUGAUCGGGAUGCUCGACGUACCGUUGACUGUCAAGAUGCGGACGGGAAUCUACGAAGAGAAGCCUUUUGCCUACAGAGUUGUUCCUCAUCUCCGGGACUGGGGUGUCUCCCUCGUCACACUGCACGGGCGCUCGCGGGAGCAGCGCUACACCAAGCUGGCAGACUGGGACUACAUCGCGGAGUGUGCCAAGGCGGCCAGUCCGAUGCCUCUGUUCGGGAAUGGCGACAUCCUGUCAUUCGAGGAUGCCAACAGACACAGGCAGAGUACAGGAGUGGCUGGACUCAUGAUCGCACGAGGUGCCUUGAUCAAACCCUGGAUCUUCACAGAGAUUAAGGAGCAGCACCACUGGGACAUCUCCUCACAUGAGAGGUUCCAGAUUCUGAAGGACUUCUCUAACUUCGGGCUGGAACACUGGGGUUCAGAUACCCAGGGUGUGGAGAAGACCAGGCGGUUCAUGUUAGAGUGGCUGUCGUUCCUGUUCCGGUACGUACCAGUCGGCGUGCUGGAGCAGCCGCCACAGAAGAUCAACCUCCGCCCCCCGUACUUUCUGGGCAGGGACGACCUGGAGACCCUCAUGGCCAGCGGCAACUGUGCAGACUGGGUCAGGAUCAGUGAGAUGCUGCUGGGACCUGCUCCGGCCAACUUCAACUUCCUUCCCAAACACAAGGCGAACUCCUACAGAUAGAUGACUUCUCUGAACAAACUCAUUGCAUUAUAACUUAUAUGGACUCUCCAAAGCCUUCACGACAUCCUUCUAGGAAACUGUCAUGUAAACCAGCAUCACUGAUAUAAUAUUAGUUGUAUGAUUUAUUUGUUAAUUGAAGAUACUGCUACGUAAGAAGGCUUCUUCAUUGAAAUCAACUGAGAAAAAGGAUGGUAUGUUAUGUCUCAUACCAUCAUUUCAAAAAGAAAUAAAUAAAAGGGGACUAAUUGUGGACAUUUUGUAAUAUGCAAAAAUACCAUUGCAAAAUGAACAGGUAAUUUGUGCAAAGAUUCAUUUGAGUAUACUAUUCAAGGGCUAAAUUGACAAGUUUUUCAAAACUGAAAAAAAGAUGUAAAAUAAGGCAAGUGACAAUCUGUUUGUUUUGACAUUCUGUCAUAUUUCACAGUGCAUGAGUUGAGCUUGAGUGAUAAUUUUUUUUAAAGAUGAAGUGAUUCAUCAUUUUUUCUGCAAAGAAAGUUGAAUGAUUUCUUUUUUGACCACAUGAGGAUAUUGCUGGAAUGUAGUACUAGUAUCUGGAACUAUUUUCCUUAGAUAAGUUAUGAAUGCAGAUAAUGUUAAUAAUUGAAGAUACUGUUUGAAUAACAAAGAGGGAUUUUAUUGCCUAUGCAUGUGUAAUUGUCAGGUAAAAUACUUCUUUUGUUGUGUUUUCAGUGUAGUGAAAAUGCUGAAGACAAGCUAGGCUCAUAGUAUUGUAAUGUUGAUGAUGAAUUAAAAAAAAAUAAUGUGUAAUGUCAUAUGCUUACACAUAUAGUGGAGGAAAAAUUCUGUGGAGAAAAAUAGGAACAUUUGUGUGGACAUUUUUGUGAAAAACUGCUUAGCUGUUUUGUUUGCUAUAACCCAAUGCUACACUGAGUGCCU